GGCCGCGGCGGAAGCGGCGGGGCGGGGCAGGCACGGCGGCCAUGGCGGCGGGCAGCGCGGAGCGCCAGGAGCAGGAGCAGGAGCAGGGCGGGCGGCAGCGCAUAGGGCGGCUCUCGGCUCUGUCGGUGUACCGCCGGGCGGCGGGGGCGGGGCGGCUGGAGCGGCGCCGCCGCGGGAGGCCGCUGCCCGUUGGAGGCAAGCGGGCCAAAGCGCGGCCGAGGCGCGGCGGGGCGGAGCCGGAGGCCCCGCCGCCACUGCCGCCACAGCCGCCGACGCCGCCGCCCCCCCCCCGCCGCAGGGAGCGGGCCAAGGCACCGGCCGGCAGCCCCGAGGCCAAGCGGCCCGGCGGCCCCGCGGCGAGCCCCGCCGGCGGCGGCGGCGGCGGCGUGGUGGGGCUGCUGCGGCGGCUGGGGCGGGUGGAGGACAGCCGGCAGCGGGCGGCCGAGCUGUUCCGCUGGCUGGUGGCGCCGGUGGCGCCGGGGGAGUUCCUGGGGCGGCACUGGGAGCGGGAGCCGCUGCUGGUCCGGCGGGGCGACCCCGGCUACUACGCGGGGCUCUUCUCCACGGCCGACUUCGACGCCGUCCUGCGAGGCGGUGAGGUGCACUUCGGGACCCACCUGGACGUGACCAGCUACGCCGAAGGGGUGCGGGAGACGCACAACCCGGCCGGCCGGGCCCUGCCCGCCGUCGUCUGGGACUUCUACCAGAACGGCUGCUCGCUGCGGCUCCUCAGCCCUCAGGCCUUCUCCACCACCGUCUGGCAGUUCCUCUCCAUCCUGCAGGAGCACUUCGGGAGCAUGGUGGGGGCCAACACAUACCUCACGCCACCUGGGACGCAGGGCUUUGCCCCCCACUACGAUGAUAUCGAGGCCUUUGUGCUGCAGCUGGAGGGGAAGAAGCACUGGCGUGUCUACAGCCCCCGGACGGAUGCUGAGGUGCUGCCCCAGUUCUCCAGUGCAAACCUCACGCAGGCUGAACUUGGUGAGCCUGUGCUGGAGACGGUGCUGGAGGCUGGGGAUCUGCUGUACUUCCCGCGUGGCUUUAUCCACCAGGGCGACUGUCUCCCUGACGCACACUCACUCCACAUCACGGUGUCUUCCUACCAGAGGAACUCCUGGGGGGACCUCCUGGAGAAGCUCCUCCCAGCUGCCCUGCAGAUGGCCUUGGAGGAGAACGUGGAGUACCGGCAAGGGCUUCCCAUGGACUACCUGGGGUACAUGGGGGUUGCCAACUCGGAUGCAGUUGAUGCUCGACGAACAGCCUUUAUGGAGAAGGUGCAGAGCCUGAUAAAGAAACUCGUGGACUACAUACCCAUUGAUGCUGCUGUGGAUCAGAGAGCCAAGUCAUUUCUUCAUGACUGUCUCCCCCCGGUGCUUACACAAGGUGAAAAGGCACAGAGCAUAUAUGGCUUCCCGGCCCGGUGGCAAGAUGGAGGCCCCCGCGAUGUCGAUAUACUGAUAACAGAAGACACAGAAGUACGUCUCCUCCGCCAUGGCAUCAUUAGAUUGUGUAACGAAGAAGCAGGAGUGAUGCUGUAUUACACGACAGAAAACUCAAGAGUGUAUCACAAGGAAGAACCCAAGUUCCUUGAGAUAGAUCCCGAGUAUACAGACAGUAUUGAAUUUCUCCUGUCUUCCUAUCCAAACCAUGUCAGGGUGGAUACCCUUCCAUGUGAAACCUUGGAGGACAAGAUUUCUCUAGCCACACUCCUGUUUGAGAAGGGCAUUCUGACUACGAAGAAGCCUCUGGUGCAAGUGUAAUUCUUAUUUUUUUUUAAACAAAAUAAAUAUACAUUUGUUUAGAAAGUG